AUGAACCUUCGAAAAGUAGCGAAGGCGCAGCCGCAGUCGCCCAAUGUCAGCACGAGGACAUCCACUCCAAAAAGCCAGGCCAGCGAUUCACAAAGCACACCCCGACCCCGGUCCAGUCGCAAGAAAUCCUCGGACGCGCCAGAUACCAAAGCUAGGAGAGUACGCACAGGCUGCCUCACCUGUCGCCAAAGACAUUUGAAAUGCGACGAAGCCGUGGGACGAUGUCUCAAUUGUCGCAAGUCGGAUCGCAUCUGUCGACGUGGGGUUCGUCUCAAUUUCAUCGACACUCAAACUGUGGCACCUCCACACAUCAUCGCUCGGCCCCCAGGGUCGAAAGUGACCUUUCGAGACGACUCGCGUUUGAUCGCGUCUCUGUAUGUGGGAGGAUUCGAGAUAUACCCGCCCGUCCAGCCGGAGAGUCCUGUACAAGAGAACAGACAAUCCCACCAUGACUUUGACUUUAUGGGGGAUGAUGAUUUGACAAAUCUCUUUCAAUCCGUAGCACAUUCGUUUGAUCCGCUGAGCUUUGAUGUCCCCCAUCCAGAUGCAGCGGAUUUUGUUGGAACUGAUACCUGGCACCAGUCUCACUUGGUACCUGGAGAUGAACUUCUCCCGCACGGAACGUCCCAUUUUGCGCGGAAACUGGCUGGGAAACAUGAAUACCAUGCUUUUCUCACUGACCCAGAGCAGGUCUCUCUUCUCAGAACUUUCAUGGAAGACGUUGGUCCCCGGAUGGACAUAAUGGAUGAAAUGAACCAUUUUUCCCACAUCCUUCCUGGUUUUGCCAUUGGCGAGCCCAUAUUGCUAAAUGCGUUUCUCGCGUGUGGUGCUAGACAUCGCUCUUCUGUAGACCCUUCUUAUGGGAACGAAAAAGCGGCACAUUAUUAUGACGCGGCUACUCGGGAUCUUCUUAAUGCAAUCCAUGAUCCUAACCGUGACUCUGUACUCUGCGCAACAGCAGCACUUACCCUCGGCUUCUCCGAAACCAUGCAACCCCUAUCAAGGUACAGUGGAGAUCACAACGCAGGCUCCCGAGCUUUGAUCCGAGAAUGUGGCUGGACUGCCAAAACCCCUGGGCUAGGCGGAGCAUGUUUCAGGAUCAGCGUCGUUGCAGAGCUUCUGAACUUCAUGACCUUCCAGGCGCCUUCGCGCUCUUCUCGCAGUUUAAAUGACGAUGCGGCGCAGGCCAUCCAGCCCGAUGAUCAGGAAUGGAUUACCCACAACAGAUGGUGUGAGCAAUGGGCGAAAUCUAUUCCUAGAUCCCUUGUACCCCUCGGCCAUCUACAGCCAUGGCAAACAAGUUCCAACUCGGUCUUUCCUGAAGUUUGGCUUGCCAAUCGAUCUGCCAUUGUUUCUCGAUUAUUCUACCACGCCAGUCGUAUUCUGUUGGCAAAAUCACACCCUUUCCAGUCGGGGUUGGAUGAAAAUAUGCGGAAAAUGCAACGCAGCCACGCACACGAAAUGUGCGGCCUUAUUGCCCACACUACAGACCAAGGUGUGGCCGAUAUAUCCCUGUACUUUCUUGUACUUGCUGCAGAGUGCUUAGACACACGAGCAGCGCAAGAGGAGGUACUCGGUAUCUUUGAUACCAUCACUAAAGUGACUGGUAGCAGUGCUGAACCAAUCAAAAACGAUCUCAAACAAAUUUGGAGUCGGACCGAUGAUCGCCCGCACACGGUAACGCCAGCCCAAAUACACAAUCACUUCUAUGAAUUAGACCCAUCUCUAUCAAUCUCCAAUCACCCAGGCUCAUCUCCAAGCCCAAAUAAUCCUUUGUUGACUGCGGGUGACUUCUCAUUGGAGAGCCACCCGUAUCAAGCAUAUUAUGUGCCACCUCAUCACCAACAUGCACUCAAUCAGUAUCACUAUGGGACAUUUGAUCUGAUCUGA